UUAGCUUUGCUUCUCUUCUCCCUGCUCUUUCCUUCUACUGCUACUGCUACUGCUACUGCUACUGCUAUUGCUACUGAUCUCAAGAGUUACAUUGUCCAUGUUCAACCACCAAAAAACAUGGACCUUCUAAUCCACAAAGACCUCAAGGCCUAUUACCAUUCUUUUCUCCCCAAAUCCAUUGCUCAAAAUGGUGAUCAAAAUAGAAUGAUCCAUACUUACAUCCAUGCCAUUAGUGGCUUUACUGCAAGGCUAACAGAGAGUGAAGUCCAUGAGAUGGCCAAGAAGGAGGGCUUCCUCCGAGCUCGGCCAAGUAAGGUCCUUCAAAUUUUAACCACUCACACUCCUUAUUUCCUUGGCUUGCAACAAGGCUCAGCUUCUUUAUGGAACAUCACUAACAUGGGGAAUGGCGUGAUCAUUGGAUUAAUCGAUACCGGCAUCACCGCAGAGCACAUCUCUUUCAAAGACAAUGGUAUAUCUCCACCUCCUUCAAAAUGGAAAGGUUCUUGCGAGGACUUCAAAGCCAUCCAUGGCAACUGCAAUAACAAGCUCAUUGGUGCAAGACUUUUGAACAAAUACACUGGUGAAACAAUUGCAGACAUGGUUGGCCAUGGCACACAUACUGCAGCCACGGCUACAGGGAACUUUGCAGAUAAUGCCAAUGUGUUUGGGAAUGCUAAUGGCACAGCAUCUGGGAUGGCUCCUCAUGCCCACCUAGCAGUUUACAAGGUUUGUACUAUUUAUGGAUGUAGAGAAGAAGAUGUAAUUGCCGGAAUCGAUGCUGCCAUAGAAGAUGGAGUUGAUGUAAUAUCUAUUUCUCUGGGAGCACAAUCUGUAGCUUUUUAUAACGAUGGUAUUGCCAUUUCUGCCUUCAAUGCAGUAAAGAAAGGCAUAUUUGUGAGCUGUGCUGCUGGCAACUCAGGACCUAAUGAAUGGACUAUAGAAAAUGGAGCACCAUGGUUACUCACUGUUGCUGCAAGUACCAUAGAUAGAAGAAUACAGUCCAUUGUCAAGCUCGGCGAUGGUAGUGUUCUUGAAGGUGAAACUGUUUUCCAGCCCAACAAUUAUUCAUCAACCUUGUUACCUCUUAGCUAUCCUACUACUUCGAACUUUUCCAAGGAAGAUAACUGCUAUGACGGCUAUUUAGAAGACAUCAAAGGGAAAAUUGUGUUAUGCCAGGUAGGCAAGGGUCGAAGAAUACCCACCGGGAUCCAUGUCAAGAAUAAUGGUGGAGCAGCUAUGAUACUUAUGAACAAAAGAAGUUAUGGGUAUACCACAAUCGCUGAUGCUCAUGUUCUCCCUGCAUCUCAUGUCAGCUAUGCAGACGGAGAGAAGAUAGCAUCAUAUUUCAAUUCAACCCCUAAUGCAACAGCAGCUAUCAUCUUCAAAGGUACCAUAAUUGGAAAGUCUGAGGCUCCAACAGUAGCAUUCUUCUCUUCCAGAGGCCCCAGUACGCAAAGCCCUGGUGUUCUAAAGCCAGACAUUAUUGGUCCUGGAGUAAAUAUUCUCGCUGCUUGGGGUGUGCAAACUGGAGAAGAUGUUCCAACUAACAAAAUUUUCAACAUUAUAUCUGGGACUUCAAUGGCAACCCCUCAUCUCAGUGGGAUUGUUGCGCUUAUAAAAGAGAAACAUCCAGAUUGGUCACCGGCGGCUAUCAAGUCUGCAAUUAUGACAACAUCAGUGAUUGAAGACCAUGAUGGAAAGCCAAUAAUGGAUGAGCAACGCCAACCUGCAAGCUUCUUCAUGAUGGGAGCCGGGAAUGUGAACCCAUCCAAAGCUGUUGAUCCGGGUUUAGUGUUUGACAUAGAUACCAAGCAAUACAUAGCCUUCCUCUGUGGAUUGGGUUAUGAUGACAUUCAAAUGCGUACAAUCACCGGUGAAGAUAUCCAAUGCUCAAAGAUUAAGAAGAUCUCACAAUCAAACCUCAAUUACCCUUCUAUAGUAGUUUCACUAGAGAAAAAUGUUACAGUUAAUCGGACUGUAACAAAUGUUGGGAAGGCAAUAUCAAGUUACAAAGUGGAAGUAGACAUGCCAGAUGAAGUUAUAGUGGAGGUGGUACCAAAAGUUCUUGAGUUCCAUGAGUUGAAUGAGAAGGUUAGUUAUAUGGUGAGCAUAAAAUCAAGUGUUGCGCUGAAGAAAGAAAUACAAGGCAAUAUCAGGUGGGUAGCUGACAAGUACAUUGUUAGGACACCGAUUAUUAUUCGCUAACAAUUAUGAUAAAUAUUGCUCCUUGUGGAGCCCUUGUCUUAUGAUAUGAC